AUGGAAUAUAGGAACAACGUGACUGAGUUUAUUCUACUGGGACUCACACAGAACCCACACAUGCAGAAAAUUGUAUUUGCUGUGGUUUUGGUCAUCUAUAUCUUCUCUGUGGUGGGGAAUUUGCUCAUUCUGAUUACCAUUACAAACAGCCAGUUGCUGGGAUCCCCUAUGUACUAUUUCCUGGCCUAUCUCUCCUUUAUUGAUGCCUGCUACUCCUCUGUCAAUGCACCUAAACUGAUUAUUGAUUCACUCCAUGAAAGAAAAUCUAUUCAGUUCAAUGGAUGCAUGACCCAGGUUUUUGGGGAACACUUCUUUGGAGGAGCUGAGGUCAUCUUUCUUACUGUGAUGGCCUAUGACAGCUAUGUAGCCAUCUGUAAACCCCUGCACUAUGCAACCAUCAUGAAUCGCCAACUUUGUAACUUACUUGUGGGAGUGUCAUGGGAUGGGGGCUCUCUUCAUGGAGGUAUACAAAUUCUUUUCAUUAUUGGACUACCUUUCUGUGGCCCUAAUGUCAUAGAUCACUUUAUGUGUGAUCUGAACCCUUUGCUUGAUCUAGCCUGUGAAGAUACUCACAUUCUAGGCCUCUUUGCUGCCAACAGUGGCUUCAUCUGCCUCUUAAACUUCCUCCUGCUGCUCAUCUCCUACAUGGUCAUCUUAAACUCACUAAAGACCCACAGUGCAGAAGGAAGGCGCAAAGCCCUCUCUACCUGUGUUUCUCACAUUACAGUGGUGGUUUUAUUUUUUGUGCCUUGCAUAUUUGUGUACAUGAGACCUGCAGCUACAUUACCCAUUGAUAAGGCAGUUGCUAUAUUUUAUACUAUGAUAACUCCCAUGCUAAACCCAUUAAUCUACACCUUGAGAAAUGCUCAGAUGAAAAAUGUCAUUUGGAAAUUGUUUAGUAGAAAAAUUCAGUCAGAUGACAAAUAA